CCUUUAUUACAUUCUUUUCGUCAACAGUGACAAAAACCAUCUCGGGAUUAACACAAAAAACAAAUAUAAAAGCUGCAUCUUUCACAUCAUGCCCUCUGACGCUGACCAACUUGUAGAAAUGGGAUUUCCCAAAAACCGUGUUCUCAAAGCAUUGAAGGCAACUAGAAAUGCAGGUCUACAACCUGCCUUAGACUGGUUAAUGAAGCACUCUGAGGAUCCAAAUAUCGAUGAUCCUAUUCCCGAGCAAGUGGGUGGAGCUCUUGGCACAGCAACUUCAUCUGCGGCAGCAGGAUCUGAAGACUCUCAAGAGCAGGAGGGGGAUAUAAUCCAAGAUGGCGAGCAAACAGCUCAAUCGCUUGUGUGUCAGGACUGCGGCAUGAUCCUUCGAAAUUCGGAUGCUGCACAGCGCCAUGCCAUGCGGACAGAACACGUCAACUUCGCAGAAUCAACUCAGGCGAUUAAGCCACUAACAGAGGAGGAGAAAAAAAUUAAGCUUGCAGAGUUGAAGCAACGGGUAGCUGAGAAGCGUGCAAUGAAGGCCCAGAGUGAGAAAGAAGACCAAAAGAUGUCGGAGAAGAUUCGUCGUAAGGCGGGUCAAGAUUUAACAGAAGUAAAGGCUAAACUUGAAGAAAAGGAAAUGAAAAAGUUGGCUGAACAGAAAAAACGAGAAAAGGAAGAGGAUCGGUUGGCAAAGGCUGCCAUCAAGGCUCAGAUUGAGGCCGACAAAGCAGAGAGGGCAAGGAAGAAACAGGAAGCUGCUGCCGGAUUUCUACAACAGGCUCAAGCUCAAGCUCAGGCUGCUGCUGCUGCCGCUGCCGCUGCCGCUGCCGCUGCAAAGACCAAGGUCUACACUGAAACUCGGUUGCAGAUCCGUCAACCAGAAGGCCAACAACCUAUUGUCCACACAUUCCAAGCGUCGGAUAAGUUGAGUGUUGUGUACGACUAUCUUCGUCAACAUCGACAAGGUAGCUUUAAGUUGAUGAUGACAUUUCCGAGGCAGGUGUUGGACGGUGAAAAUCUGGACAAGACAUUGAACGAGUUACAGCUUGUUCCUUCGGGUACCUUGGCUGUCACUUUGAAUUAAGAAUAUGUAUAAAAAAAACUGGCUUCUUAGGGUUUAUUCAUGAUCUCAGCAUGAAUGAAUUUUUUGCUUUUUGUUUCUUUGAUUGAUUGCAUGAUUCUUUAUUGAGUGUUCGUUUACAGAAGAUGGUCGUUGUCAUAUCAUAACGUUUCGUAUAUUCUUCUUCCUGCUAUGGUUAAUAAUAAUAAAAAAGAGCAUGUAUCUCAC